AUGUAUUUCGAAUAUAAGGAGCUUCGUAAAGAGUAUAUCGAACCUAUUAUAAGCAUAGGCACAGGCACAGGCACAGGCACAGGCACAGGCACAGGCACAGGCACAGGCACAGGCACAGGCACAGGCACAGGCACAGGCACAGGCACAGGCACAGGCAUAGGCACAGGCACUAGGGUAUUAAUAAUAGAGACGAUUAACAGCCGAGAUGUUGAAUGUAUCCCUAGUAUUCUAAGUACCCUUCGAUAUUAUACUUUCGGUAUCGGUAACUACGUUAGAUACCGCCGCCCCGGCGCCGGCGACGAUAAUAUCGGCCAUAGGUUUAGAGGUGGUGUGACUAAUACCGGCGUGUGGCGCCGCCCGCCCGGUAGCGCGGGUAUUGGGCCGGGAGGUGUAGGCGGUAGGACGGUUUAUGUACGCUUACGGUCGGCUGACGGUAAGCUGAUGGUAUCCGGCUCUGGGGGUUCCGCAAUAAGUAUAUAUUAUGAGAGUUACGUAAUUAAAGGUAUUGCUAGCUUUAUUUCGCUUACGUAA